UAAAAUAAUUUUAACGUUAAAAAUUUAUGAUUGUAAAAGUAGCACACUAUGUAUUAAGAAAUUUGUUAGAUUAGCAAUUUGAAAUCUUUAUUUUGUGCUCAGUUUGAGAGACAGGGUUGAAGUUUCAGAUUGAUCAAUCCUCUCAGGAAUACAGUGUGGUGAGAAGGUGAAAAAUGGCUGAAGUGAGUUUGGGAAUUCUUAUUGAUGUUGUUGAUGAGGAAUGGAUGAGAGACACUAUUCCUGAUGAUGAUCUUCCCUUACCGCCAACAUUGGUUGUUCGGACAGAUGAUACUGAGGAAACAAAUCAGGAGACACAACACGUUAAUGAGGAUAAAUGGCACGAUCUUGCCUUGGGCCGAGAAGUUCAUUAACUAGUGUCACUCUCAGCAGUGAUGAUGGUGCUUCCAGUUACUGGACGAGGCACCUUCUUCCUAUAUCCCUGAUAGGUUGUAAUGUAUUCAAGUUUAUCGACCUGUUAAGAAAGAUUUUAAGGAAUUCGGGUGUCAUUGCUGAUUUCUUGCUGUCAUGAAUGCAUUCUGUAUUUUGCUAUGUAUUUUGCGGUUUAAUCAAGUUAAGGACAACCCUUACCUAAA